AUAGUAUUUGUAAAUUUAUUGUAUUCCCAGCCGCAAUGAAAAAAGUUUAUUAUAAAGUUUAAGAGCUUUAACAACCUUAUACAUUAUUAUUAAAUUACAUUAAUAUUGAUAUAUUUAUUGUAUAGACUUGACAAAGGGUAAUAUAAAUAAGUUUAAAGCGAAUUGCUCAACAAUUUAUAUUGUUAUUUACAAAAGUAUUAUUUAUUAUGAAAAGCUUUUUUAUUUAAAUUUCUAUAAUAGCAUAUUACGCUGCAUCUACGGAGGUAAAAACAAGUACUAUCCUCGAUGACAGUAAACUCAAAAUAAAUGUCAUGACUGUCACGGGUCGCGUUCCGUCUAUCGUCCACCACAAAACAUGUGAUCGACAAAGAUCCACACCGACAAGUCGCAUGUCUAUUCCAUAACCACAAAGUUAUAUUCCACAUAUAUUAAGCUAUAGGAUACGGCCCCAGCAGCCUGAACAGUCUGAAGAUCCCCGUCGAUCAUAAGCGCGCGCCGCCGGCAAGGUCGCUUUCGCAACUUUCAAGUCACAAGUCAGAGCACGCUCUCUUGGUCUUGGCUCCGGCCUCCGGCCUCCGCCGCGCCAUUUACUUACUCCCGAGAUAAGCAAGGGUCCAACUCAUAUAGGUAUACUCGUAUCCUCGAUUAUUCAUACGGCAGGCCAGGCUAAUGGGACCGCAAUGAAGUAUACUUGCAUAGGGGCCUGCGAAUCGCGAAUCGCGAUGCACGCGUGCGAGUUGCGCAGGGGCUCGGAGAGCCACUUGCCCCGCUUGCCGCCGAACGCGAGGUGCGCCGCUCGAUCCAAGCGUCGCCUGCAGAAGCUCCUCCUCGUCUCCGCUCGGCACCCCUUGACCAGGCUCUACCUGCGCAGCAGAGCGGCUAUCGCGUUCGAGAAGCGCCGACACGGCGUAUCCGCUCACUGGUGGCUCGUGCAUCCCUGCAGCUGCUUUCGGUUCGCCUGGGACAUCGUCAUGAGCCUCGCCUACCUCUACAUGUUCUUCAUGAUCCCUCACAUGAUGUCGUUCCACCGGAUGCCGGCGGGAGGAGACGGCUCGGACCCUCUCGCGGAGACAUUGAGCGUUCUAACGCCUGGAUACGUCGUCUGCUUGGUGGACGUCUCGCUCAAUUUCCUCACUGGAUACGUUUCCCCGGACGGUCACGAAAUCUUCCUCGAUCCGCUGCUCGUAUCCAAGUUGGCCUCACACUACGCGAGCGGGCGAUUCUUUGCCCUGGAUCUGCUGUCGUCCAUUCCUUACACGUGGUUCCAUCGAGAACAGCUACAGAAGCCGGAGAAGGAUCCGAAGCUGCGACUGUUGUUUCUCGAGCUGCUUCCGCUUUUGAAGUUCUUCAGACUCAGCACCUUGCGGCAUUACAUCAAAGAAGUAGUCGUGGCCUGCGGAGCGUCACGAGUUUACGAGCACGGAAUAUGGAUUCUUUGCCUGACGGUGCUGAUUUUUCACUGGGCUGCUUGCUUCACUUUCGUCUUCCCCUUCUUUUACGCGUACGUAACGCGGACUCCCUUGGACAAAGCCGAAGGCUACCUCUUCAAUACCAAGUUGUACGAAAAACCAACUUGGCUUAUUUAUCUGACGAGCUUGCACAUGGGCGGAGGCAAUCUUUGCAGUUAUAGUUACACCGAAUUCCGGUACACGGACCUACCCGACAAAGUGACUCGAUGUAUUCUUCUACUGUUCGGCAUGUCGUACUUUCUCUAUGUCAUCGUGAUCGUACUGCAGCUCGUAAGGUCAGCUGCCGAACCAGAAUUGAAGUAUCAGUCGAUUAUGCAUGGAGUCAAAGAUUACAUUGGCAACAAAAAACUGUCAAAUAAUCUAAAGGACAAGUUGCUGCAUUUCUAUGAGCACCGCUUUCAGGGAAGCUUGUUUAAAGAAAAGGCGAUAACGUCAACUCUUUCAAAGCAUUUAAAACACGAAAUCACUCAACACAGCAGCAGAAUACUGUUAGAGUCUUCGCCACUGUUGAAUAGUAUACCUCGGUCAUUGUUGAACAGUAUCAUAGGUGCAUUAAAACAAGUGAUUUUUCUCCAAGAUGAUGUUAUUUUCAAAUGCGAUACGGAAGGAAAGUGCAUGUAUUUCAUAGUCACAGGCACCGUUGCUAUAAUAAGCUAUUCAGGAAAAGAAAUUUGUCACUUACGCGAUGGCGACUACUUUGGCGAAAUCGCUUUAGUCCAGCAGGAUCACAAAAGAAUAACAACGGCGAUUGCUCUGGAGAUGUGCGAAGUUCUACGCUUCGAUCGUCGAGAUUUCAAUCGUGUGAUCACACCCAAAUCCGAUCUUCACGAGCGUUUAGAAUUGGUAGCCCACAGACGAAUGCAAGACGUUCAAGACGUUCAGAGCGAAAUAUAGCAAGAGAGAAUAAUUUGUGUUUGAAAUUUGUUCUAAUUUUGUUUAUUGGUGAACAACAAAAAUUUUCUUUUUGUGUAUUAGAACGUCAUACAAACACCAUAAGUACAAUGAAACGGGCAUGGCAAUUAACGUAGUAA